AUGGAUGUUUGGGAAUGUUUUGAGGUGUUGUUGGAUGUUCGGGAAUGUUUUGAGGUGUUGAUGGAUGUUCGGGAAUGUUUUGAGGUGUUGAAUGAUGUUGAGGAAUGUUUUGAGGUGUUGAGGUAUGUUUUUGAAUGUCCAUUUGAUGAGAUAUCUGUUCCAACAUUUGUUGUUGUUGUUGAAACAUUUCUAUUGCUUUAAUGUUUGAAUGUUCGGGGGAAGUAUGUUUUAUAUGUUGUGCAGAAUGUUGUUGUGAAGA